AUGAGGCUGCAGAGCUGCUUGGUGACGCUGCGGUUUCUCCUGGGUUUCACCUUAACGCCAGUAUGCUUGGGUGCGCAGGGAAGGUAUGCACACAAGCUGCUGAAGGAUUUGUUCGUGAACUACUCCAACGCUCUGAGGCCGGUGGAUGACACAGAUAACAUCAUCAACGUCACACUGCAGGUCACACUGUCCCAGAUCAUUGACAUGGAUGAGCGUAACCAGAUCCUCACCACAUACCUGUGGAUCCGCCAGGUCUGGAUCGAUGCCUAUCUCAACUGGAGUAAGGCUGACUAUGAUGGACUCGAUACCAUUCGUAUACCUAGUAGUUAUGUGUGGAGACCUGAUAUUGUCCUAUAUAACAAUGCCGAUGACCAGUUCUCUAGUUCCAUGGAGACCAACGUGGUGAUACGUCACGAUGGCCAGAUCACGUGGGACCAGCCGGCCAUCGCCAAAAGCUCCUGUAAGGUGGACGUCUCCUUCUUCCCCUUCGACGCACAGGAAUGCCCGCUUACUUUCGGCUCUUGGACGCACAACGGCAACCAGAUGGACCUUCUGAACGCCCUGGACAGUGCCGACCUGGCCGACUUUGUGGAGAACGUGGAGUGGGAUUUGCUGGGGAUGCCGGCGAAGAAGAACGUGAUCCUCUACGGCUGCUGCUCGGAUCCUUACCCGGACAUCACCUACACACUGAAACUCAAACGGAGGGCUUCCUUCUACAUCUUCAACCUGCUGAUCCCCUGCAUGAUGAUCUCAUUCCUGGCCCCGUUGAGUUUCUACUUGCCCGCCGACUCCGGGGAGAAAGUCUCGCUCGGAGUCACGGUGCUUCUCGCGCUCACCGUCUUCCAGCUGCUGGUCGCUGAGAGCAUGCCACCUUCGGAGAACGUUCCUCUUAUUGGGAAGUAUUACAUCGCCACGAUGACCAUGAUCACUGCCUCCACUGCCCUGACCAUCUUCAUCAUGAACAUCCAUCACUGUGGUCCCGAAGCCCGGCCCGUUCCGGAGUGGGCGCGGCGACUCAUCCUGCACUAUCUGGCCCGAAUCUGCUUCGUCUACGAGGUGGGCGAGACCUGCAUCACCGUCCAGUCCCAGUCGCCAGACCGACCGUCUCGGAGAGGGACCAGAUGGACCGUCAACGGCCAGGCCAGACAGGAUGACUUUAAGCUGAAGGUCCGGAGAGCCUCUCCCAAGGAGGCUCCAGACCCCCAGAGGAAGAGGGGGUCUAAGGAGGAAGCAGAAGAUGAAUUAAGCCCGGCGCUAUCACCAGGGUCGAACCCUAAUGGCUACCAGAGCUGCUGGACAGAUGGGACUUUCGUCAGCGUAGAUCAAGAUGAAGGAGCAGAUGGAGAAUGUGGAGGGAACCGAGAGGCAGAGGGAGCGAAAGCGUCCGAAAGAGGAGCAACAGGGGCGAGAGGAUCGGAGAAAAAGAGAGAGCUGGCCGUGAGGAGCCAGUGCCUGUGCCAUCAGCAGCCCUUGCUCAGGAAUAUCGAGUACAUUGCCAACUGUUACCACGAGCAGAGAGCGACCCAAAGGCGGACUGGAGAGUGGCGUAAAGUGGCCAAAGUCAUGGACCGUCUCUUCAUGUGGAUCUUCUUUAUCAUGGUUUUCCUCAUGAGUUUGCUGAUCAUGGGGAAAGCAGUCUGA